CUCAUGGCCUACUUCGGAUACAAGCUUGGCAGAAGGACGCGUUGACAUAUUUUUUUUUAUAAUUGAUGCUCGUCGGAGCCGGCGACGGAGAUUGGCGGAGGAAUUUUCACCGGCGCUAUUCGAAAUUCAACUCUCUGAAUACAAUCAAAUUUCCUUUUUCCUCUCUAGGAUUUCAGUCCGAGAGAUGCCAAUUCCUUGAAUUGUAAAACUGUAAAAAAUCAUCUUAUCAGUUUGGUGUCGGUGGCGGUGUAAUAGCGGCAAACAAGAAAAAGGACUCGAAUUGAGCUGAUAUAAUAUAUAUGGCUUACAGGAGAAAGCAGCAGGUGCCUAAGGUUUCUACAUUUACGAGCGAUUUUGAGAGUCCGGCACCACCACCACUUCCGGAUGAGAGUUCAUCUUCGUCGUCUGCUUCUUCAUUGGCUGCUAAAGCCAUAAGAGCAUCAUCAGCUUACAAAGACUCUUCUCUUUCCUCCGCUUAUGGUCAGUCAGCUCUUUCGUCUCCUCGCGGCGACUCGAAUCCGUUACGAUCUUCUGCUCCGGUUUCAACACCACCGUCAUCAGCAUACAAAGACUCAUCUCCUCUCUCCUCCGCGUAUAGUCAAUCAGCUCGUUCAUCUCCUCGCGACUCAAAUCCGUUACGAUCCUCUGUUCCGGUUUCGACAGCUAAGGAUUCGUCCAACUAUGAGUAUACGUCAAUGAAAAACUUGGGUGAAUCAAAACAAGGGAUUUGGGGAGUAUUGGCUAGGAAAGCUAAAUCGAUCAUUGAUGAUAAUAAUACAGAUCAACCGCAUGUAAGCGAAGUAAGAACAAGGAUGCAGCAUAUGCCUGAUAGUGCGACCAUUGGUGAGCAAUAUGACAGAAAACAAUUGCCUGGAAGCCGUAAAAAAGUUGAGGGCCAUAAAUUUCAGAAGGGACUAGAUGCUCUUACAUCUUCCCUUAAUUAUAUUGGUGGGACCAUCGGGAAUGCUUUUGAGGAGGGUCUUGCAGUUGUGGAGAAUCGUACUGCAGAUAUCAUUCAGGAAACCCGAAAGCUGCAAAUAAGGAAAAAAGAUGGCAGCUCUGUUCCGCAGAAUAAUGCAUCAAAUAUUAGUGGUACACGUCAGCAACCUCUGACACGGACCCACAUGCAUCCCCAGACGCAGACAGAUUUAGAAACUCAACUCAAGGCAUCUCGCGACGUUGCAAUGGCAAUGGCUGCAAAAGCAAAGCUUCUUCUUCGGGAGCUGAAGACUGUGAAAGCUGACCUAGCUUUUGCUAAAGAACGUUGUGCGCAGCUGGAAGAAGAAAAUAGGAUUCUUCGAGUGAGUCGUGAAAAGGGCGACAAUCCUGAAGAUGAUGAUUUGAUAAGGCUCCAGCUCGAGACUCUUUUGGCAGAGAAGGCUAGGUUGGCUCAAGAGAACUCAGUCCUAACACGGGAGAACCGUUUCUUGAGGGAGAUUGUUGAAUACCACCAGCUCACCAUGCAGGAUGUCGUCUACCUCGAUGAAAAUAGUGAAGAGGUGACUGAAGUGUACCCCAUAAAGGUUGUGAGUCCACAAGUGACCAAGGAUAUAUCAUCUCAUCCUGUGUCAUCCUCGGAGCCCAUGGAGGUUUCGUGUGAUGUCACCUCUUUGAGCUCUUUUAUCCAAAUUCCUGCUGAAGAUGAUUCAGGAAGACAUUGAUUUUCCGUUCUUGGAAUGUAUUGCGUGUGCGUCUGAUCUCCAAAACGAAGUGUGAAUGGGUGUUACAGUGUGAUUUAUGUUGGUUGAACCUGGCCAUCCUGAAACUGAAAUAUGUAUAACUAUUAACCUUUUGGUAUCAUUUAUCUUUUCUUUUCUUUUUUAGACUAUUUUUGGGGUUGGAAAAGAAGAAUGCACUGGGGAUGGGGGGAAAGGUGAAAGGUGGCUUGUUAAGUUAUGCCGUAAGUUUGCUGGUUCUCUCUGCAACAAGAUGGAGGUCGUUUUGCAAAUGUAUAUUAACAUGGAGAAUUAAUAUAAUGCUUCUGUAAUUGACUUUAGUCUGUUCCACUCUU